AUGACCGGUCUUUCAUCUCGAAAUGGCUCCUUUGAGCAUGGUGAACGCGAAGCCCUAAUCAAUGAGACGAAUCGAAUUAACUCCGGUCUCCAUCCCCGUCACAAACCUCGAAGCCAUUGGACUCAGUGGCCGUCGCAGGCGGCCAAACUGACGUGGACCACUCUUGCCCGUGACUAUGUCAACAUUCUCCUGGUCUUCGUACCGCUGGGUAUCAUCGCCGGCGCCCUCCACUGGGAUAGUACCGCCGUGUUCGUACUGAACUUUUUCGCCAUCGUUCCGCUGGCGUCGUUGCUAAGCUUCGCGACCGAGGAAUUGGCAGCGACUAUGGGCCAGGCGAUGGGAGGACUGAUGAACGCUACUUUCGGAAAUGCGGUCGAACUGAUCGUUAGCAUUAUUGCGCUCAAAGAACGACAGAUUCGCGUGGUCCAGGCCAGUAUGCUCGGUAGCAUCUUGUCCAAUAUUCUCCUCGUGCUCGGAUGCUGUUUCUUCGUUGGUGGGCUGCGCUAUUCGGAACAGACCUUCAACAGCACCGUGGCGUCGACCAUGUCUUCCUUGAUGACCGUUUCGUCCGCCUCCCUGAUCAUUCCGGCCACCCUCUACGCGUCGAUGACUUCCGCCAAGGGCAAAGAAAGCGAGACACAACAAAACAUUCUGCUCGUAUCGCAUGGCACUGCGAUCAUUCUCCUCAUCCUCUACGUGAUGUACCUCUAUUUCCAGCUCAGAUCGCAUGCGUCGCUCUUCGAAGAGACGGGUAGUGAUGAUGCGGAGAACGGGGACGACAUGGUGGAAGCGGAGGAAGAACACAUUCUAAGCCCAUGGGCGGCUACCGUCGCUCUGAUUGUUGUGACCGUUCUGGUCGCUGUCUGCGCCGACUACCUCGUGGGAAGUAUCGACAGCAUCGUGGAGAAGACUGGCAUGAGUCGCACGUUCAUUGGUCUGGUCCUGAUUCCGAUCGUUGGGAAUGCGGCGGAGCACGUGACGGCUGUCGUGGUUGCAUGGAAAGGCAAGAUGGACCUUGCGAUUGGAGUCGCCAUCGGAAGCAGUCUGCAGAUUGCUCUCUUUGUCACCCCAUUCCUCGUCGUCCUGGGCUGGAUCAUCCACGUGCCCAUGAGCUUGCACUUCCAGACCUUUGAGACUGUCGCCUUUUUCAUUUCCGGAUUAGUUGUGACAUUCCUCAUCCAAGAUGGAAAGUCGAACUAUCUUGAGGGUGGGCUAUGCCUGGGAAUGUAUGUGAUUUUGGCGCUUGCAUUCUACGUGUAUCCCGACAAUGUGGACGACAGUGCCAUGUUUCGCAGUUGA